AUGGAAGUGUCUUCUCGAGAUAAAAUUAGGGAUUUUCUUGUCAUAUGGCUCGACACCAAUGCUUGUGCAUCAGAUGAUCAUGCUAAAUCUUGUGAGUACUAUCGUGCGAUUGUCCAUUCUAUGGAAAUAUUUUCUGAUCCCGAUGCAUGCAUUGAUUUCGUUACUGAUCGAGACGAUUCCGAUGAACGAGUCUUUCUCAUUUUAUCGGAAUCAUUUAGUGAAAAUAUCGUUCCAUUUAUUCACACAAUACCACAAUUACAUUCCAUUUACAUUCAUGGUUCAGAUGGAUCGAAAAAAUUAUCUUGGACAAAUGAGUACGAGAAAGUCAGAGGUCAAAUAUGGAACAAUCUUCUAUCCAUAGGUGAACAGCUGAAAAAAGAUACUAAUCAAUGUCGAAAUGAAUUUGUCGCUAUUUCAUUUGUCUCACAAUCGGAAAUUGCAGCUGGCAAUCGUCAAGAUCCGUCAUUUAUGUAUACUCAAUUACUCAAAGAAAUUUUAUUGAAAGAAUAUCAGAAUGAUUUGGAAGAGGAAGCACAAUGUCAAAUGAUCAACUUUUGGCGAACAUCUAAUAUGAAUAAUGAAACUGAACUUCAAAUCGCGAAUGAAUUCGAUCAAGAAUUUAUUGCCGAAUACUCUGUCUUUUGGUAUACACGAGAAUGUUUUCUCUACAAAAUGUUAAACAAAGCAUUGUGGAUUCCCGCACCAGACAUUCUCUAUAAACUUCGUUAUUUUCUUCGUCAUCUCAAUCAACUAAUACAAACCAUGGCUGCCCAACAAUGGUCAUCACAGAAGCCGAUCACUGUGUUUCGUGGUCAAGGUAUGCCAACUGAUGAAUUUAAUAAAUUGAAGAAUGAUACCGGUGGUUUUCUCUCGUUCAGAAGUUUUCUUUCAACAAGUCUCGACCGAGACGUAGCUCUCAAAUUUGCGGAACCAUCCAAAUACAUUUCUGAUCAAACAUCGAUCAUAUUUGUAAUUAAUAUCGAUCCAAACAUUCAACAAUGCUCAUUUAUUCAUGUUGGUGAUAUGAGUUAUUAUCAAGCAAGUGAACAAGAAAUCUUGUUCACUAUGGGAACCGUUUUUCGUAUUGAUGCUGCUGAACAGUUGAACGACGAUCAAUGGGAAGUACGUUUGAGUUCAAGUAAUAAUAUUGACAUGAAUCUAGCUCAAUAUAUGGAUCAUAUGCGUAAACUAACACGUAGUAGUCAUCCGUUGAUAAGCUUAGUUAAGCUCACUGAUGAAAUGGGUCAAUACAAGAUUAUCGAUGCGUUGGCGAAGAUUUUUAUUGAUAAUGAUUUUCCUUCUCACAUUCCAAGUGUAAUGAGUGAAAUGCAACAUGUACUAGGCUCGGCAUAUCUGUCGGCAGGAAAUCGAACGAACGCUCUCAAAUUUUUACAAGAAGCACUCAAUAUCUAUUUGGAGUACCUACCAUCCAAUGAUCCAAUUCUUUCAUCAACAUAUAAUAAUAUUGGCAGUGUUUAUCAUGCUGGUAAAGACUAUGACAUGGCGCUCACUUAUCAUCAGCUGGCACUUGACUGUCAGUUGAAUACACCAAAUCCAGAUUUCGAUGCUAGUGCUGUCUAUUCCAUGAAUAUUGCCACUGUUUAUGAAGCUCUAGGACGCUAUGAUGAAGUGUCAGCAUAUCAGAAACGUGCGUUAAAAUUUCGACAACAACAUCAUGGCGAAAAUGAUUUGACACUACUGGACAUGUACAGUGCGAUAGGACGCACAUGUUACGAAAAUGAAGAUUAUGAACAAGCAGAGCAAGAGAAAUUCGGUGAAUCAAUAUCAUACUAUCAGAAGGCUCUGGAUGCUGAACUGAGCUCUCUACCCGACGAUCAUCCAACGAUUUCUAUCAGCUACUUCAACUUGUCAACAGCUUAUGCAGGCACCUCACAAUAUGAUGAAGCACUGCAAUGUGCACACAAGGCAGUGGAACAAUUGAGAAAAAGUUCCAAUCCAAGUUCAUCGGAAUUAAGUAAAUAUAUCAGUCAAAUAGGAAAUGUUCUUGAUAAACAGAAAAAAUAUUCUGAAGCCAUUGGCUAUUUUAAAGAAAGUCUCGAUGUCAAUCUUGCCGCUGUCGGUGAUAGUGAUUCUUCGCUAGCCAAUGACUACAAUCAAAUAGCGGAGACAUAUUUGAAAUUGGAUAAUCAUUCUGAUGCGUUGAUUUUCUACGAAAAAGCAUUAAAGAUUGAACAGAAUACUUUAAUCGAUGAUCAUCCAUCUAUUGCUAUUACACAUUUCAGAAUGUCAAGAGUAUACUUGGAAAUGUCACAAUAUGAUGAAGCUCUCAAACACGCACACAAGGCAGUAGAACAAUUACAGAAGCGUUUGACUCCGGACGCAUCGGAACUUGGUCCAUUUAUUUAUCAUGUUGGAAAUGUUCUUCAUCAACAAGGAAAAUAUUCUGAAGCUAUUUUUUAUUAUCAAGAAGCUCUUCCUCUCAUAGUAGCCAUUAUGGGUGACAAUAAUCCACAAUUGGCGACCAUCUACUAUCGAAUAGCCAAUGUUUAUGGCGAGCUGGGUAAUUUCACCGAAGCAUUAUUUUUGUACGAAAGCACAUUGCAAAUCGAACUGCUUACUCUUCCUAGUGAUGAACCCAUUAUUGCUACAACGUAUGAAAGCCUGGCUGGAACUUUUGUCCAUCUUAAGAGGUUCAAUGAAGCAAUCGAUGCGUAUCUGAAAGGAAUAGAUCAACUUUUGAAGACACAUUCACCUGAUCAUAAAGAUGUACAAAAACUGCGUGUAUAUGUGGAAGCGCUCAUGGCACGCUAA